AAACACCCCUCCCCCACCUGGUUACCAUACCACCUGGGUAGGUGGGAAUGACAUGGGACAUCAAAUUCACUAAACACUAUUAGUGAGGUGAAAUUCCAGCAGCUAGAAAUUCACAAAACUCUCAGGAACCUUUAUAUAAAUGAAAAUUUCAAGGAUAAAGUAGAACAUUGAAUGACUAUACAUUUGGUCAGUGUUACAAACUAAUAUUCAUCCCCUGAUGUGACCUUUGUACAGAAAACUUAUUAUUAUUAUUAUAUAAUAUAAUAAAAUCUCUGCUCAGGUGUAGGGAGUGUAACCCAUUGUUUCCAUAUUAUCAUAUUAGGUUGACAUAGACAAAAUAGUGAAUAUUAUGCAGAGAAAGAAAGCUGACAGCUCCUCCACUUUCUCCUCCUCAUCCAUCCCUGAUGCCAGCAGAGGCUGAGAGGAAGAUCUGGAGGAUCGGACAGAGAGCGGGCAGAGUAAAGCCCCUCCCCGCAGAUCAUUGCACUAGUCGAUGGUCGUUUUAACUUCAUUGUUGAAGAAGAAGCGACGCCCCGCUUAGCCACGGCAAAGGAUCAAAAACCCCCUCUGAUCAGCACGACCCCCAGUUUUGUUCUCAUGGAAAUCAGACUCUGCCUCCCGGCCACACUCUCCGCAGAGAUGCAAAGUUGAAGCGCAUUCCCAGCCGGGACAGCAGAUGAUAAUGAUGUCUUGGAGGAGCUGAUCGUUUCAUUUACUCCUUCUCUGUGCGUUUCUUUUUUUUUUUUUCGUUUUUUGCUUGCCGCUUUCGGAGUGUUUCUGUCCAACAUGCUGGUUCUGGCGCAGCGCAUUGUUUUCUGUACGUUGCUCGGCUCCGUUUACGCGUCGUGCCCUCCGCGCUGCGAGUGCUCAGAGGCGGCUCACACCGUGAAGUGCGUCUCCAAAGACCUGCGGAGUAUCCCGACCGGGAUCCCCGGAUACACCAGGAAUCUGUUCAUAACGGGGAAUCAAAUAAGUCGAAUCGGGCCGGAGUCUUUCAAAGGGCUGGAUAAUGUGACCAACCUGUCUCUGAGCAAUAACAGAAUUUGCGAGGUGGAAUCCCACACCUUCGCCGGACUCCGCAGCCUCCGCUCUCUGGAUCUGAGUAACAACCAGCUGGCUGUCAUUCACCCCGAAGCCUUCACCGUCCUGAACCAGUCUCUGCGGGAGCUCAACCUGAGCCGGGCCCUCUACAACCACUCGUCAGUGAUGGACUUGGCCACCUCUCUCCGCUGGAGCUCCCUUGGGAACCUGCAGGGACUGGACCUGUCUGACAACAGCCUCAUCUAUUUACCCUCACGCAUCUUCUCCCACUUGACAAGCCUGCGGCGGCUCCUGCUUUCCAACAACUCCCUAGUGGCCAUCCACAACGCCACCCUCUCGGGCCUGGAGCGCCUGGAGGAACUGGAUCUGACCCUCAACGCCCUCAAGACGUUGACCGAGGAGGGCUUACGAGAGCUGGACUCACUUCCUAGAGCUGACCUGCUGCUGGGGGAAAACCCGUUCACAUGCACAUGCGGAAUCGAACCUUUUACCGUGUGGCUCAACAGAUCACAGGGACGCAUUAUGGACGCUGAGGAACUGGUGUGUGCCUUCCCAGCCAGCAUGAGAAACACGUCCAUGCUGGCUGUGGGCAUGCUGACUCUGGGAUGCCACCAGAGGGAUGCGGGUGCGGACCUUGCUCUGCAGACCUCAUACGUCUUCUUGGGUAUAGUCCUUGGCUUCAUUGGCCUCAUUUUCCUCUUUGUACUGUAUCUCAACCGCAAGGGCAUCAAGAAGCGGAUCUAUGACAUGCGUGACGCCUGCAGGGAGGUGUGGGAAGGUUACCACUAUCGCUUCGAGAUCGACUCUGACCCCAGGUUGUCAGGUCUCCAUGAGCGCUGACGUGUGAGAGGACAAUCACCACUGGUGUAUUUUCUUAAAGGAACUGACUUUUUCUAACGCAUUUAACAGUAGAAAAGUGUAAAAAAAAAUGUACAGAUUUGUCUGUAAAUAUAUACAUACAAUAGUGUUAAUAAUCUUUUAGCCUUGUCGGUUAAAGCAUGCACUGCCCAUCGUUCCUCAUUACAUAACUAAUAGUCUUUUUUUAAUACAGAAUAUCUUAGAUGGAGACAAAUGUUAAUACGGGAGUUCAUUGAUUGAUAUUUCUUAUAUUCAUGACUGCUCUUUAUGUCCACACUAGAGCAACAAUAAGUGCCUGAAGUCAGCAAGGUAUUGUUUUUCCUGCAACAUAAGAAUCCCUUUCUACAUGGCAAACUCAUUCAGUAUUCUAUGUCAGAUCUUGACUCAUAUUUAGCUUGUAAUAAAAAAAGGAACAAAACGCUGCAAUAAAAUCCUGACACUAUGAAAACAAACCUCUGGGAAUUCAAAGCACAAUCACUCAUUCAUCUUUGAACCGUUUCAAGCCCUUUGGUCCCCCGUCCUUCAGCCCCAGGGUGCCAGAGAGGAAUUAAGCCUCCAAAAGCUUUUCCAAAGCUCUCCUAAAAUCACCACUCUGCUCUUCUCUGGCUUGUUGCAUUGGAAGGGGGACAAUUCAGCGCAGACCAGCGGGAAUAUCCUAGCCCCCUCUUUUUUUUUUUUCUCCCCUUUUUUUUUUUUUUUUUUUUUUUUCAUGAAACGUUGCUUUGUUUCAACUCCUUGAGUUUUAUUGUCAAAAUGAUGAGAACCAGUCGUAGGCCCAGGCCGCUGAAAGCAAUCUCCCUCCUCCUUUAAAGACAACAGCCGCUCUGGAGGCUCUUUGAAGGAAAAGUCUCCACGUUUUUCUGUUUAGGGGAUUUUUUUCCAAUGAUAAGAUACAGAUGAUUCUGAAACACCAGCUACAUUGUUUCAUUCAGUAGUUUGCUCUGACCAGUUGAGGAGGGAGCCUUAUGAAACUGAAGAAUAUGCUCUUCAACCUUUUGGUUUUUCUCUUCUAUGUCAAGAAAAGUGUCUUUUUAGUGGAAGUUGUCGUGGAAGAUUGGCACUCAAAUCCAGAGAUGUAUGUCUUACAUUUUACAUGCAUGUUUAAUCAAAUUCAAACCAUACAUUGAAUGAAUCACAAGCCAAAAACACGACCGUCUUCUUAUCUUAAAUGUCAUGUGUCAUCCCUGUUUUUCUAAAUGGCUACAUUACAAAUACAACUCACUUCUUUGUGGCCUUUUAAUGCUACAAAAGUCAGACACACAGACAGAGAGAGGGGAUGGCGAGCUGCCAUUCCCCAAUGUGUUUAUUGCCUAAAUUACUAGCUAUCUAUGUUUUAGGAAAGUGGGGAAAGGAGGCCUGGAGUUAACUGAAACAGCCUCUCAUUGUUCGAAGCCAAAGUAGCAUCUUCGUCCUCUCAAGAUGUUCUCCAAACUGCUCUGAUAGCAAUCCAGAAAUGUUUAUAACAUGGAGCCAUUUUACUGCAUGUGUAAUGACAAAAUAAAGCUUCAGAAAGUCCUGAUGUCUGUAUGCUCAUUUAGCGCAAAUGUAAUCUUGUAGGUUAUGAAA